AUUGGUUAGUGGUGCUGCUUGUUCGCCGCUCGUCCAAUCAGAGAAGGCGUUGUUGUGUUGUCCGGGGAAUCUAGCGGAAGUGUCACAGAACCUACAGGAGGGUAGAAGUGAUCUUACCUUACCGUCUGUUCCUGAUCGUAUAACGAUGGAGGUGGAUCAGCUGCUGACUCUGUCGGGUUCAGCCUUGGUGCAGGCCAUUAGUACUCUGCUGGAGACUCCGGGGCUUUAUGUUUUUUCUGACGUUCUGGAGCUGCCGAACGUUCGAGAGCUGGAGACAGGUCCUCAUGCUCCCGUCUAUCAGCUCCUCAAUCUCUUUGCUUACGGCACCUACUCUGACUACAAAGAGAGGGCGGCCUCGCUCCCGGAGUUAACGCCUUCCCAGAAGAACAAGCUUCGUCAUCUGUCAAUCAUCAGCCUGGCCUCCAACCUAAAGUGUCUUCCCUAUUCGCUGCUGCUCCAGCAGUUGGAGCUGAAGAACGUGCGCGAGCUGGAGGACCUGCUCAUCGAGGCCGUCUACUGCGACAUCAUCCACGGCAAACUGGACCAGCGCAACCAGCAGGUGGAGGUGGACUUCAGCGUAGGCCGUGACCUCGGUCCUAACGAGCUGCCCAACAUCGCCAACACUCUACAGGAAUGGUGCUCAGGAUGUGAAGCGGUACUGUGUGGGAUCGAGGAGCAAGUCUCCAGAGCGAAUCAGUACAGAGAGAGCCAGCUCAAGGUUAAAGUGCAGGUGGAGACCGAGGUGUCAAACCUACAGAAAACCCUGAAGGCCAGCUCUGCUUCGCCAUCUUCCGGCCCCGCCGCCGGUGGAGCGGCUUCCAAUCAAGACGCGGAUCAACCGGCCGAGCCGCGCGACCCAGCGUCUUCUCAGGAAUCGCGGCAACCGGGGAAAAAGAGUUCGAAAGUCAAAGGGCUCCGUGGCAGCGGAAAGAUCUGGUCGAAGUCGAACUGAGCCCAGAGGCGGGCGAAAGCUUCGAGCAGAUCGCCGGCUUUCCGUCGGAGCAGCUGCCAGGCGAAACAGAGACACUUUGACACACUUCCGGAUCUCACACUGGCAGAAGAACUAGUGAGCAGAAUGCAGCUUCUUCACAACAUUUGCCAUCCAGGCAUCAUGUAACCGCAGACUUUACAGAUAACAAGACUCGGAUUAAAGACGUUCGUGUGAGCGUGAGAAAGAACAAACCGCGCAUCAGUGUAUGCUUGUAAAUGUUUUAAAUCGAUAUUUGUGUUGUUUUUUUUGUUUUUUUCCCCCCUCCCUGAGUGCUUUGAGAUGGAUGUAUAAAGAUGAGCAAGGAAUAAACCAUUUUUCCCUCCGUCA